CGGAGCACAGUGAUGCAACAUCGGCCGUCCUUUUUUGAAUCAGCAUCUUCGAAAACGUGCAGUGGGUAAAGGGGGCACACGGGGACUGGUGCAUCUCCGCGGAAGUCGCCGGAUCCGAUGAACUCCUACCUGCCUUGAUGUGUGGGGAAUGCUGGUGGCCACGCGUUUGAGCGCAUCGCGGUGAAUGACAUUUAUUUCCCUGCCCGUUGUGUUUUUUAAUCGGAAGCUGCGUGUUGUUUUAAUAACCCCCCGCGAACGUGAGUCCCAUGUCUUCCCGCCUUUUGAACGCCUCACAUGGUUACUGUCAAGCACUGUACAUAAAUCAGCCACCGCCGAUAGUGUAGUUAGAGGAACGGGCGCACACAUGCACAUCAGAGCGCCGGAGCUUGCUGCGAAUGCAGCAGAAGCAGCGCAAGCAGUCGCCGAUCGGUGGUCGACAGGGGGAAGGGAUGGCUUGAGAUGAAGAAAAAAAGAAUCUGCGAGUGAUCGAUAUCUGCUCGUCUUGUUGUGAAUCGCUGCAGUGUUUUUACAGGUGUAUUGCAUUCUGAACAGAUUGAUAAACGGGCCAACGGAGCCACAUGUCACAUGUGCUUCACAGGACGAAACGGGGCAUCUGCAAGCUGGAUCUGGAGGAGGAUGCUGCGGCAAGUGAUACACAGAAGGCUCAAAGCUUCUUUCUACUGGCUGGGCUUAUUCGUUAGCAGGCAUCCUGUUUUCUUCCUCACUGUCCCCGCAGUCCUAACCAUCAUCUUCGGAUCCACUGUCCUGAGCAGGUUUAAACCCGAGAAGAACCUCGAGGUCCUGGUGGCCCCGACUCACAGUCUGGCUAAGAUCGAACGGAGUCUAGCGAACAGCCUUUUCCCCAUCGACCAGUCCAAGAACAAGCUGUAUUCAGACCUGCACACUCCGGGCAGAUAUGGCAGACUGAUCCUGCUCGCCAAGUCCGGGGCAAAUAUACUGGAACUGGCCGACCAGGUUCUGCAGAUCCACAAGAAGGUGCUCGAUAUGCGGGUCAAUUACAAAGGGUACAACUACACUUUCGCUCAUCUCUGUGUCAUGAGGCACCGGGACAAGAAAUGCCUCUUGGAUGAUAUAAUUACGAUUUUUGAGGAUAUCCGCUCGGCUAUUCUCUCGAACAGCACUUUGUCAAAGGUGCCAGUGAGCUACCCAAAUACAACGUUAAAGGAUGGAAGAGUUUCUUUCAUUGGCCACCAGCUAGGAGGAGUGGCUUUUGCCCCCAACAGCCGAGAUCAGCAGGUGAAGUCCGCCAGGGCCGUCCAGAUCACAUACUACCUCCAUAACUACGGCUCCGCCGCGCAGGACGCCAUAGCCGAGAAGUGGGAGCACGAGUUCUGCCAGCUGGUGGGCCGGCUCUCCGCUUCCCGUCAGGACCUGCGGCCUCAGUCGCUGACCUCCCUCAGCCUGUGGCGGGACUUCCACCGGACGGGCAUGCUGGCCCGUGGCGAGGUGCUGGUGGGCCUGGUACUGGUGCUGCUGGCGGCCACCAUUUCCAGCUCCAUGCGGGACUGCCUGCGGGGGAAGCCCUUCCUGGGCCUGCUGGGCGUGCUAACCAUCUGCAUCGCCAACGUUACCGCCGCCGGCAUCUUCUUCAUUUCCGACGGAAGGUUCAACUCCACGCUGCUGGGAAUCCCCUUCUUUGCAAUGGGACAUGGAACAAAGGGAGUGUUUGAGCUUCUUGCUGGAUGGAGAAGAACCAGGGAGAACCUCCCGUUCAAAGAGAGAGUGGCAGAUACGUUCGCCGACGUCAUGGUCUGCUACACCAUGACAAGCUGCCUGUACAUUAUCACGUUCGGAAUGGGUGCGAGUCCAUUUACUAACAUUGAGUCUGUGAAGAUCUUCUGCCAGAGCAUGUGUGUGGCCAUACUGGUGAACUAUUUCUACGUCUUCUCCUUCUAUGGCUCCUGCUUGGUCUUCGCUGGCCAGCUCGAGCAGAACCGUUACCACAGUGUGUUCUGCUGCAAGAUCCCAUCAGUAGAAUACCUGGACAAGCAGCCCACGUGGUUUAAGACCAUGAUGAGUGAUGGGCAUGACCUGUCCAGCCACCAUGACAGCAUCCCCUACCAGAACCACUUUAUACAGCACUUCCUACGGGAGCACUACACAGAAUGGAUUACCAAUACCUACGUAAAACCUUUCGUCGUAAUAUUGUAUCUCAUUUAUGCAUCAUUUUCUUUCAUGGGAUGUUUACAAAUCAGCGAUGGAUCAAACAUUGUUAACCUCCUAGUUAGCAACUCACCGAGUGUCUCCUAUGCCCUAACCCAGCAAAAAUACUUCAGCAACUACAGCCCUGUGAUCGGUUUUUACAUAUAUGAGCCCAUCGAAUACUGGAAUUCCACCGUUCAGGAACAUUUGAAAACCCUCGGCCAUGGAUUCAAUAAAAUUUCCUGGAUUGACAAUUUCUUUCACUAUCUAAAGGUGGUGAACGUCAGUGCAUCCACUAAAAGCGAGUUCAUAAAUAUCCUCCAGACCUCGUUCCUUAGGAGCCCCGAGUACCAGCACUUCAAGGAUGACAUAAUUUUCUCUAAAACAGAAGAUGGCAUUGAGAUCAUCGCCUCUAGGAUGUACCUGGUGGCACGGACCACGGAGAAGACACGGGAGGAGGUGGUGGAGCUGCUGGAAAAGCUGAGGCCUCUCUCCCUUAUCAACAGCAUAAAAUUCAUCGUCUUUAACCCCACCUUUGUCUUCAUGGAUCGCUACAGUUCCUCCAUCAUAUCCCCAAUAUUAACAUCCGGGUUCAGCGUUUUGACCGUCUUGAUAUUGACGUUCUUCCUCGUCAUCAACCCCCUGGGAAACUUCUGGCUCAUACUUACCAUCACCUCCGUAGAGCUGGGGGUUCUCGGCCUAAUGACCUUGGAUGUCGACAUGGAUAGCAUCUCUAUUCUGUGCCUUAUUUAUACUCUGAAUUUUGCGAUGGAUCACUGUGCGCCCCACCUUUACACGUUCGUACUCGCCACCGAGCACACCAGGACUCAGUGCAUAAAGACUUCGCUGGAGGAGCAUGGAGCGGCCAUCUUGCAAAACACCUCGUGUUUUGUGAUUGGGAUGAUGCCCUUAGUAUUUGUGCCUUCCAACCUGACCUACACGUUUUUCAAGUGCUCUCUGCUCACAGCUGGCUGCACAGUGCUACACUGUUUUGUAAUUCUGCCCGUUUUUCUGACGUUCUUCCCUCCCUCCAAAAAGAGGCACAAGAAGAAGAAGCGCGCCAAGCGUAAAGAGAGGGAGAGGGAGCGAGAGAGGGAGGAGAUAGAGUGCAUUGAAGUCAGGGACAACCCCGAUCAUGUGACUAACGUGUGAGUCACUGGGGCCUACGGGUGACGGGCCACAUGUUUGGAGUGCAUCUUAUAGGGAAGGUGGCAAAAGCGCUGAGCAUUUCACACGUCCGAGAGCGACCGGGCGGACCGGUCGAGAGAGCAAGGAUAGGCACUCCAAAUCUCAGCACACCGGCAGCCAUGUUGUUCAGAGCAGAGAAAUUUCUACAGUGUACCCUUCCAACAGCACAGCGUGUAACAUCUGCGGGGUUUUCGUUUUUUGCCGUGAGUGGUGGUGGUGUUCCGUAUCUGAUAGACGUGCAGGCUUUGUGGAAGCCGAUUCCGUCAUGCGUCGAACGGUCUUCACAUAUAGCUCAGUCACUGUUUUGCUUAUUUUCUGAAAGGAAAACAGCAUCAGAGAAGGUCCAGAUGUAUUGAAAUCUGGCUGUGUUCCAGAAAAGAUGAUUGCUGGGAAUCAAAAUGAAAUCAAAAUCAUGUAUAUGUAACUCAGAAGUAUUCAGUAUUAAUAACAAAUUCCAAAAUGCUACUCUUCUAGAAGAAAUAGACAAAAUGUUUUUUUUAAAACAAUUCUGAAUAACACUGCAUUAGUUGCAAUUUCCUGCUUUCUGCAUUUGGGAUUAACAAUAUCAUAGUACAGUACUAGUAUUACAAUGUACAGUGCAAUAACUCAGUUACUGACCUACAAUGGUCAUGUGAGUUAAUAAUACAGACUAAUGAAACUUUUGUGUCAUCAGUGAGAAUGACAACAAUACAACAAUACACCCCAGUUGACAGGACUAGUUGGCUAAAGGCUGUCUACAUGAAUACAAUUUUUAGUAUUAUUAUUAAUUUUCAUUGAACCAAUGAGCCGUUUUUAUAUCUAGCAAGAUGCUAAACUUUUUCAGUAUGCUAUUAUUGGUUUUAGUAAUAUCUGCUGAAAUUUAAUUAGUUCGUUUUCAGGAAAGAAGUCUCUUCGGAAAGGGCCAAUGCCGAACUGGAGCUUGUGAGGUCAUGUACUGGCAUUUUCUUUCAUGUUACAGACUCAGUGUGUCCAAGGAGUAACCAAAGGGUCUGCUUGAAUGAUUGAUGUUUUUGCAUCCAUCCGACUGAAAGGCCACUGGAAAAUAAUUUAUGAUUUGUGCAAAAAUAUUACUUGCAUGAUGCAUAACCUACAUAAAACAUUCUACUGUCACAAGACAGGCAAUGCAGACCUGUAUCCGGAACACCUUUCCUCAUUAUAGUAUUAAUGUCAUGGCAUUAUAUAUGUUUAUAUAUAUUUCCUUUUCCCUCCACCCCCCCCCCAAGAGUUUUUGUCCAAAUUUAACAAUGUAAAAGCAGUUUUUCAUUAUAUUAUGCAUGUACAUGAAUAAUAGCCAAUAGAUACACUUUGAGAAUUACCACACUAUACCACCAACCAACCAGAAAAAUAUCUAUGUGACCAAUAUAACAAUACAGAAGCUAAUCUCAAAAUGUUUUAUAUUUUAUUUUAGUAUAGUCCUUGUCUUUAUUUGGUAGCAUGACUGCUGGGAAAGAGGUAAUUAGAUUUAUGGGUCAUUACCCAAACAGGAUCAUUUUGAGACUCAUCAACAUACAGUGACAUAACUGUCUGGAUAUGGUGCCAUAUUCCUGUAGAGAUCAAUGAUAUCUGUAAACAGAUGGAAGUGUAUGGCGUAUUGAGGACUUGUAAGGAGUUCUGAUAUAACAAUCGACCCUGUGAAUCACUAUAUCAGAUCCUGGUCCCUGCAGAAAUGGCUCGUUAAAAUUAAGAGUGAAUCCAAUUUAGAAGGUAUAAGAAUCCUUUUAAAACUGAAAACGCUGAAUCUAAAAAUAACUCAGAAAUACAAAAAAGCCAAAUGAGCAGUGCCGAGAACAGCAUAUUACCCCCGGAAUCGCCCAUCACUGGCUGUUAUGGAUUCUGUUGUUACUGUAUGUGGACAUAAAUGAAAGAAGAGGUGAUCACAGAUUAUGGAGAAUGUCUUUAUUGGAAAAAAAGUAUGGGUGCACAUUUAAAUCUUUUGGGGAAACUAUCUAAAACAGUUACCCAUGUGUUCUACAAAUUGUGUAUCUAAAGAGCUUGCUUUCAUGCAUCAUUCUAGUGGUUUUGGACUUGCUGUCCGAAUGAUUGCGGGGGUUGGAUGCAUGAAGUCUCUCGUCUCUGGGUACGAGUGACGGAAAUACUGUGCGUCUGUUAAAAUGUGGCUUUUUGUUACCAUGGUGAGCGGUCGAGGAGACUGUGGGCUCCACAGAUUUGGAUUGACCUCGGUGAAAAUGUGAACACUGACUGUAUGCCUGUAUCACCACAAAUAGUGCAGUACGACAACGACCUGGAGGAGCUAUCGCUCAGGAUGGUGGAAUCUUUGUGUUUUUUUUUUGUUUUUUUAUAAAAGCCAUGUCAUUUGUACAACAAAAAGGCAUGAUAAACCAAUCUGAUAUUACGGGAAAAAAUAGCAAACUUAUGUACUUCCCAAACUGACUGUGAAAGCAUGGCGCUAUAGUGUAUGUAUGUAUGCAUGUACCUGAUAAGUGUGUGUAAAAUUUAGUUAUUUUUUUUUAUUUAUCGCUAGGCUGUAGGUUUGUUCUUUCAGUUUAUGUUUUGUAGAUUAUAUUACGUGAAGAGCAAACCAUGAUUUAAGCAAACAGAAUGAAAAAACAGAAAACACCAUCGAUAUGUAUGAUAUAAUUCUACAUGAUUUUCUAAUUUUCUAUACAAAAACAAUUUUUAAAGCUUAAAUUCCUACUUCAGAGCAAUAAAGGAAAAUUAAGAAUACAAAUAAAAGUAGGCCAGUAAUAUAUUGUGGAAUGUUAAUUCGUUAAGCGGCAGCAUAUUAAAAUAGAUAAAUUGCACAAUGCGAUAUAAAUGCUUGUUGUGUAUCGGUACAUUCAGUGUGUUUAAUAUGGGAAUUGUAAACAUACAUUUUUGUUUUGUUUUUUCUUUUGUUUACUUGAUUGUCCAUCAUCACUAUUUGGCUAAAAACUAUUUGGGAAAAAAACUGCCUUGCUACAGAAUUGCACUUUUGGCUUGGUAAUAUUCAGUAUUUCUAUUAUCAAGUUAAUCUGCAAAAAAUGUGAAUAAUACUAAUUAAUCAUUUUCAUAGUCAAUUUUCAAAAAACCGUGUUAAAAAAAUUAAGCUAUACCGUAGGAACAGAGCUAUUGUUAGUGUCCAGUAAAUGACAGAACAGUAUCAAGACAUAAAAUUGCGUGAUUUAACUACUGAGUGUAAACUUGUUGUGGUAUCGUGAGUAAAUUUUACACAGUAGGUUAUACAGACAGGUAAUGCACACAUAAAACAGGUGGAAAGCCCGUCUUCACAGAAUGAAGUAUUACCUGAAAGCAGCUCAUGUGUUCAACAAUCUAUGUGGCUUAUAGUAAAUGUACCUAAUCAUAACAACAUCACUGUAAUGCAUAAGUUAAAAUUAUUUAUUGAAAGCAGGAAUUCAAGAGACCAAAUUUGGAAGAGUGUCUCCAUUUUACUUCGUUAGCCAGAACUUAUCCAGAGUGAUACUCAAAAUGUAACACACUCAGUGCAGACACCUGGCCAAACGGCACUGAAGGUAUUCGCGUUGAACGACGUAGUGUACUGGUAUGUAGUGACACUGUCCUAUAAGGCGAGAACCUUAGUUGAACAGUGUAUGCUUCCAUAUGUUUGUUGCAGUGUUGACCUGGACGUGGUCGGUCUCUGGAAUAGUCUUUCACUGAGUGCUCAGCUGCAUUGUGACUCCAUUGUGACGCCAACUCGCUUGCUUGCCCUUUGCCUAAAACGGUACUGUGCUCAAUGGUCUUUACUACAUGGCAGCUCUGCAGCUCGCAUUAAAUGCAGGUGAACGUGCUCAGGAGCCACUUAGAGCUGAAAAUCUGCAGACGCCAGCUAGCUAAGCAUGGACAACUUCUAGAACGGUAACAGCAGCAAUCAACAAGUAGAAAACAUUGGCCAUCGAGUAGCAUAAUUAAUAUCGCCGGGAGGCCACCGUCAUCUGGUCUUCAUUAAUGAUAUUCACGAAAUCAAAGUACGUAGAAGUAGCUUCGUUGUCAUGUCAUUCACAGCACACGACGACUAGGUAGACUGUCAACUAUCUAAGUGAGCAACUCUGAGUAGUAGGAGUUAUAGCUACAACCGAACGGAGUUAACUUUUUUUAACUGCGCAAUAAAAUAUCGUUCCGCUGUGUUUAUUUAUCAACCCAAACACCAGAAAUAUAAUUCCUGAAGCGCUCGUCUGCCUCGGGUGGCCUGUUACAGUCUCACUGCUUCUGUUAGCCGUAGUGCUGCACCACUGAACGCCUCCUUACCUCCUGACCAGCCAUGCCGCUGCAAAGAUGCUUCCUGGGGCAAAACCUUAAGGUCUGGUCCUUAAAGCCCCGAACCCCCCCAAACCUGUGUCCAGUUGCUGCUCAUCACUGCCUUGUGGGGCCCAUCCACUGGAAGGCACGACGAUAUGCACGAGGGUCACGUAACGUGCUUUAGAUGCACUUUUUUGCUGAUAUGGACCUUCAGACCAGCAAAUACAGCUAGACAGCAUGAAAUUAACGUUGAAUAAACAACUGGGUUUGACUUGGCAUAUGUGUAACUGAAGGCCGAAACUGAACCUAUCUUCUGUACAUUAAUCAAAGACAUAAAAGAUAUUUCUAACACUAAAUCAGACACCAGCAACGUUAAUUUUGCAUGGCCAGGUCACGUGCAGUGCAAUGCAAUAAGAUUAUAUAUAUAUACAUAUUAAAGCUAUUUUUUUUGUUCUGCAAAAUACCUCAGAACUACAGUCAGUUGCUCUUUGUUUCUUUCACAAAUACCACAAGAGCCGUAUGGAACCGAGGGGUUAAACAGAAACAUGAUUUUAUUCAUGUCUAGAGAGGAACUAAAUGUAUUUGGUGUAUAGCUGAACUGAGGUGAUGUUUCGUGCAGUGGAUCCGUAAUCACACUGGGAUGCACGUAGGUUGGCAUCCAAAAGUCAAGGGUUAAGAAGGCAACGCGGAGUGGCAGUGACAUAUUAAAUUUCUAUUGAUGGCUUGAGUAAACAUAUUUUCCCCGAAUACGCAGAAUGCUGAAGGGAAUUAAAUUCAUGAAUAUGCCGACUGCAGCAAGAUGGUAACUCUCACGUGCUGCCACCUUGCACUUUCAGACAAGAUUCUAUUUCCAACACUCUCUCACUGACUGAACCCCGUUCGUACAAAUUAGUUCCUAUCAGACAAGCCCUGCUUCAUUCGGUUUCUGAACAGCAGCUAUUGAAAAGGCUCUGAACUGUGUGUUCUUUAUUUCCUAUAGCUUUGUUCAUUGUGGCUGACGUUAAAGUUCACUUGAGCAGCUAGUAUUCCGCCAGGAGCAGACUGCUCCGCUAUCACGAGAAUAAAUAGCUGUUUUGAUGGUAUCGCGAUGAACGAGGAAAACUUGCUGUAUUCUCACAACAGGUCGGGGCUUACGAAUGUGGUCUGUUCAUCCUAUCACUCAACUUCAGUGAUUUUAUUAGAAAGCUAUCAGUUUCAUUGUUUUAAACUUGCAUUUCUUAUGUGCCUGGGCAAUGAUGAAAACUAGGUUUACAUUCAUUUAUGUUGCAGCUGCAGCCUUUGGAUGGAUGGAAGGUUUACAGAAGAUGGAUUUUGCUCAUAUAAAGAGAUAUCUCUAUAUAUAAAUAAAGAGAAAUAUUUCUUUCUUUCGCAGCUCACUGUGCUUCUAGGAUAUCACUGUUGUAACAUAUCACAUCUCUCUAUAGCUACACGAGAUGAUUCCUUAUAUAACGACACUGACUAAUUCCAUGGAGUAUAAUUAAUCAUUGUAUUUAUUUGUAUGUAUAACUGUGGUUAAACAAAGUAAUUCACCCAUUUAAUCCUCCCAGUGUUCUGACCAAGAGUUUUGCUUUGGUUGACUGGGGUGGGGGGCACUAAAACAGGAGGGGAGGAGGUAGUUUGUUUUCAACACUGUGACAGUCAGUGGGUAUUUUGUCCAAUCCACGAAAAUGGAAAGAAUUAUGUUGAAAUCCAUGAUAACUGAAAGCUCAUUCGAACACAGGCAGCUUUGUGGGCACCUGCCGCCCCCCCCCCCCCCACUGCCCCCUCAUCCUUAUCCGAAACAGCAGGCACACAGGACAGCCUCAAACACUGUACCAGUGGCUAGCCCUCAUUUAAAUAUAGCUUGAUUUUAUUAAAUCUUAGCCAUGUGAGGACAAAACUGGGAAAGCCCAUCUGGGGG